GCCUAAUGUCUUUUAAGACACUCGCACGCGAGGAGCUAAUAAUAGGCUUCCCGGCUUUCUAAAUGAGAUUGUAGUAAGGCGAUUCUUUGUGACAGAGACAAGUUCAUCUUCGUUAAACCGAGACGCAAAGAGUUGACCCUGGGAAGCGUCCUGAUCCAGUCUCCAAUACGAUGGUACCGACAACGACAAGGCUCUACCGAAAUCUGUUGUGCCGCGUUGCCUGCACAAUACUCGAUGGGCGACAUGUGAUAAACAAAUCGACCUUCACAAAAAUUGAAGAAAACUCAGAAAAGAAGAAUACAUCAGAAAAAGAGAGAGCAACAAUCAUCUUUUCCCUCAAGAAUGAAGUGGGAGGACUAGUGAAGGCACUCAAACUCUUCCAAGAAAAUCACGUCAACCUCGUCCACAUAGAGUCCAGGAAAUCCAAGAGACGCAACUCUGAGUUUGAAAUAUUUGUGGACUGCGACAGCGACCACGAACAACUGAAUGAAAUCAUCCAGCUGCUGCGGAAGCAUGUGAACGUGGUUGAUAUGGAGCCUCCAGAUAACUCGUGUCUACAAGACAAAGAUAUGUAUAAUGUCCCCUGGUUCCCAAAGAAGAUUUCAGACUUGGACAAGUGUGCAAACCGUGUCCUCAUGUACGGCUCUGAGCUGGAUGCAGAUCAUCCAGGUUUCAAGGACAAUGUUUACCGGAAAAGGCGAAAGUACUUUGCUGAUAUUGCCAUGUCAUUCAAACAUGGGGAUCCCAUUCCUCAAAUUGAGUUCACAGAGGAGGAAGUGAAGACUUGGGGAGUUGUAUACAGGGAGCUCAACAAGCUGUACCCCACCCACGCCUGCCGGGAAUACUUGAAGAACCUGCCUCUGCUGUCCAAAUACUGUGAAUUUCGGGAGGACAACAUUCCUCAGCUGGAAGAUGUCUCACGCUUUCUCAGAGAGCGCACUGGGUUUACCAUCAGGCCUGUGGCAGGUUAUCUGUCCCCGCGUGACUUCCUUGCUGGUUUGGCCUUCCGUGUUUUCCACUGUACUCAGUAUGUGCGGCACAGCUCCGACCCAUUAUACACCCCAGAGCCGGACACGUGCCAUGAACUUCUGGGUCACGUCCCACUUCUAGCUGAGCCCAGCUUUGCCCAGUUCUCUCAGGAGAUCGGGCUCGCUUCACUCGGGGCCUCAGAUGACUCAGUUCAGAAACUGGCCACAUGUUAUUUCUUUACGGUGGAGUUUGGCCUAUGCAAACAAGAAGGGCAGCUGCGAGCAUACGGAGCAGGACUGCUGUCAUCUAUUAGUGAGCUUAAGCAUGCACUUUCUGGCAAUGCAAGGAUAAUGCCUUUCGACCCCAAAGUUACAUCCAAACAAGAAUGCAUCAUCACAACUUUUCAGGAGGUCUACUUUGUGUCAGACAGCUUUGAGGAAGCCAAAGUCAAGAUGAGGGAGUUUGCCAAGACAAUCAAGCGUCCCUUCACAGUCAGAUACAACCCGUACACCCAGAGUGUGGACGUGCUAAAAGACACUCCAAGCAUCAACAGCGUAGUGGAGGAGCUUCGACAUGAGCUGGACAUAGUCGGCGACGCCCUCAUCCGGCUGAACAAGCAGCAGGGCGUCUGACUGCCCACUUUGUCAACGCUUGUCAUUCACCCCAAGGCACCGCUGUAUAGAUACUGCCUGUUUAUUGCCCUUUGUCAGUUCAAUGAAUGUGCACUGCUUUUGGUUAAACGCUGUUUUUUCCACUGCAUGGUAUUUGUCUUAUAAAAUAUACAGAGGGCACAUUAGGUAUGUUUAGACAAUGAAAUGAGUAAACUGCACAAACCCAAAGAGCUGCUUUAUCUGACUCACUGUUGAGCUUCAGUUGUACUUGUCUCUUUUGGUUUCUGUACGGCAAACAGUCAAUGUCCUUACUUUAUAAUCCUCUAAGAUCCUUUCCAGCUGUAACAAGCACAGAUGUGGCUUCAUCAUUUUAUUGUUAACUCUGCUGUUGUAUAUUAUCAUGUGAUUUUCUUUUUUUGUAUUUCACUUUAUUAUUCUUCACAUUUAAUCUUCCUCACUUCAGUGAUAUGUAUGAUCUGUAUCGUUUUUAUUCCUUCGGUGUAUGUAUCACAUUCCUUUUUGUGUGCUGUUGAGGGAAAUAUACAAAUGAAAACGAGUGUUAUAAGAAUGUUUUGACGGCUGACUAUGACAGAUAUGGCCCAUGUACCUGAAACGAUUUUGUUUUAAAGUGAUGAUUCUGAUUAUCUACAUCUAACUGUAGUACUCCUGAUAUCAAAACAUUAUUUUUCUACUGUAAAGAAAUAUAGACAUUAUGUGUAGGCUAUGUCUCAAACUAUUAAACAAAUAAAAUGUUAUUGUGUCUACA